GCUGCCGCCAGAGAGUCCCUGGGCCGGAGCUCAGAGUAGAGGGCAGGCCUGGGUCGCCCCCUUCCCCAUUGUAUUACACCUGGCCGUUAGAAGUGGCCAUAGCGGACUGCACCCGACCCCUGACAGAAGGGGUAAGACUUUGGGGUGUGGUUGGCCAUGGCGGCUGGGGCGAAGCGGAAAGACUGCUGUUAUACACACACACACACCCCCGGAAGGGAGUGAGCGUGGACUAGGAGGCAGCGUCCUGAAGAGGACGCCGCGAGAAGGGAGCAACACAGGUCCAGACACCAACCAAGGGCGAGAGACGGACAGGACACCACCAGCGGAGGGCGCUCCACAUGGACUGAGCUAAUUCCUGGAGGUACCAACAGGAGGCGCUGCGGUGGCUUCCUUAAGCCAGACUGAUCAUUGAUAGAAUGAAAAAGUUUAAGAGGAGACUUUCCCUAACCUUGCGUGGAAGCCAGACUAUUGAUGAGUCACUGUCUGAGCUGGCAGAACAAAUGACAAUUGAAGAAAACAGUAGCAAAGAUAACGAGCCUAUUGUGAAGAAUGGCAGGCCUCCGACGUCUCACAGUAUGCACUCAUUUCUUCACCAAUACACGGGAUCUUUCAAGAAACCCCCUUUACGGAGACCACAUAGCGUUAUAGGAGGCAGCCUUGGCUCUUUCAUGGCAAUGCCUAGGAAUGGAAGCAGAUUAGAUAUAGUACAUGAAAAUCUGAAAAUGGGAUCAGAUGGUGAAAGUGACCAAGCUUCUGGAACAUCCUCUGAUGAAGUUCAGUCUCCUACAGGUGUUUGCCUCAGGAACCGGAUACACAGACGGAUCUCUAUGGAGGAUCUGAACAAGCGCUUGUCACUGCCUGCAGACAUCAGGAUACCUGAUGGAUAUCUAGAAAAGCUGCAGAUAAACAGUCCACCAUUUGAUCAACCGAUGAGUCGACGUUCUCGUAGAGCAUCACUAUCAGAAAUUGGAUUUGGAAAAAUGGAAACUUACAUCAAAUUGGAAAAGCUUGGAGAGGGUACUUAUGCAACAGUAUAUAAAGGAAGAAGUAAAUUGACAGAGAACCUGGUAGCUCUAAAAGAAAUCCGACUGGAACAUGAAGAGGGGGCACCAUGCACAGCCAUAAGAGAGGUGUCAUUAUUAAAAGACCUAAAGCAUGCAAAUAUUGUUACUUUACAUGAUAUUGUUCACACAGACAAAUCUUUGACUCUCGUCUUUGAGUACCUGGACAAGGACCUAAAACAGUACAUGGAUGACUGUGGUAACAUCAUGAGUAUGCACAAUGUAAAGCUAUUUUUAUACCAGAUUCUGCGUGGCUUGGCCUAUUGUCAUAGGAGGAAGGUGCUACAUCGAGACCUGAAACCACAAAAUCUACUCAUUAAUGAGAAAGGAGAACUAAAGCUAGCAGACUUUGGUUUGGCUAGAGCGAAGUCUGUUCCUACAAAGACCUACUCCAAUGAAGUUGUCACAUUAUGGUACAGGCCACCUGAUGUUCUCCUUGGAUCUUCCGAAUAUUCAACUCAAAUUGACAUGUGGGGUGUUGGAUGCAUAUUUUUCGAAAUGGCAUCUGGAAGACCUCUCUUUCCUGGUUCAACUGUUGAAGAUGAACUGCACUUAAUUUUCAGACUUUUGGGAACUCCUUCUCAAGAAACAUGGCCAGGCAUUUCUUCCAAUGACGAAUUUAGGAACUACAACUUUCCCAAAUACAAACCACAGCCUCUAAUCAACCAUGCACCAAGGCUAGACUCCGAAGGAAUUGAAUUGAUAGCAAAGUUCCUUCAGUAUGAAUCUAAGAAAAGAGUUUCGGCAGAAGAGGCCAUGAAACACGCAUACUUCAGAAGUCUAGGAACAAGGGUACAUGCUUUGCCUGAAAGUGUCUCAAUAUUCAGUCUGAAAGAGAUUCAGUUGCAGAAAGACCCUGGCUUUCGAAAUUCCUCGUACCCCGAGACAGCACAUGGGAAGAACAGAAGGCAGAGCAUGCUUUUCUAAGGUGGUAAUGCAGUUUCAAGCCCAAGAGUAUCUCAUCAAUCAAGGACUCAGAACUGAAGUUUCUUUCGGUGGACUUGGAAUCUCAGUUUGUCUACACUGUCCUCUUCGCAGUGGAGUCUUUUAUUUCCAACAUGCAGAUUAUGUUUUUAUAUUUGUUGUCACAGUGUGACAAUUUUUUGUACAGUUGGUUUUAAGGUCUCCUCUGCCAUUAGAGCCAGUAGGUUACAGCUGUUGAUGUAACUGUAGCUGCAAUUUUUGUGCAGAACUGAGAAACACAGUGCAUUAUUUAUUGCGGAAUCAUUGCUGCUAAACAACUACUGUCUGUAUAGUUAACACAACAGUUGAAUGCCUAAAAAAUUUGCAAUGGCUUUAGAAUAUGUGAAUGCAUCUGUUUCUCUUCAUAAACUGUUUUACUGCUGCAGUUUUGUAUUUUUUAAACUGCAGUGUUUCCUGGAAUGUAAACAUAGCUUUGCUUGACUAUAGGUGAAUCAUCUUUAACGCUCUAAGUUCAUAGCACUUAAUUCCUUAUUUAACAUUGGCAAUACAGUAGAUGAAAUAUUAUAAAGCACAUUCGUUUCUUAUUAAGAGAGUUGAUUCAAACAAGUGAAUGGUUAUCUAUUAUUUGCUCUCAGAUCUUAUAUCAGUUACAGGUAAAGGAGAUGGGAUGAUACAUUUUGUCAGGAUUUACUCUGAUUGAAGAUAUUUGCACAUUAUUGUGCAUAUGGCUCCUCCUGAUGCAAUGACUUUUUUACCUGGUUUUUAACCUAGUUAGAAAUAUAAAUAGUAAAAAGAUCAUUCAUGUACAUUAUGCCCUGUUUUUCUUUUGAAACUAUCUUUGUCUUUACAAGAGAACAGGAUGACUAAUUACAAGAGCAUGGGAAUAAUGUCCCAUUUCCACCCCCCUCUUGUUGCUCCCUCUUUAUGAUAUUAUUCACUUGAAAUCAACUGGAAAGAUGCAAGUACAUACUUGAUAAGAACUCACUAUAUACUGGAGACAUUUGAAAACAUGGGAACUUAGAGGGUUUUUAAGAUCUUAGAUGUUAUCUGUUUACCAGAGAUAGUAAACAUGUUACUACUAUGCUUAUGCAUCUCAGUGAGUAUCAUAAGUACACCCUUGGUAAUAGUAACAGUAUUUUUAAGCAUUUGUGUUCACCUUUAUGAACCUAUUUGUUUAGUGCAUCUUAAAGAGACUGUAAAUCUUUAUUGGUAUAUUUUGAAAUGGUCAUGUAAAUCUUUGGCUGGUAUAUCAUGAAUAUAGUCAUAGAUAACUUAAUUUUUUCCUGACAUUCACUGUAAAACAUUCAGGGGUCCUACCAUUUCGGUUCAGGAAAUCUUGUAGUUUAUUGUUAUUUAACAGUAUUAAGUGAAUUUUUGUAUAUUUCAUUUUAACUUUAUUUGUGAAUAGUGAUUGUGGCAUGUUUGGGAGCAUUUUAUUAAUAUUUCUUGAUGCUGGUAAAUUUAAUUGGGAUUUUUUUUUUUAUUUUCUGGAAGAGACAAACUCACGUGUAAUGGUGAAUAUUGGACCACUACUGCUUUUCAGCAUUUGUAAACUGGUUUUAUGUUAAAGAAAUCCUGUAGGCCUAACAAACUGCUGUUGUUUCUAACUGACAGACCUGUAUUAAUAUUGUACUUUUGAAAGUAUAAAUAUUAUAUGGAA